AUGGAACGAAAUGGACCUACUUAUGGAAUAUCAUUUACACGUGCUCAAGCUGAUACAUUGAUUCGACAAUAUUUAAAUAAGAGUAUACUUUCAUUUGAAUACAUUGACACUGGUUAUAAUAAUUUGAUAUUUUUUAUUGACACGGCAGAAAGUACUGAACGUUAUGCACUUAAGAUUGGUGGACGUUAUUGGAAUAAAAUUAAAACAGAAGCAGAAGUCAAAGCAUUGGAAUUACUUACAAAAUAUACAACAAUACCUGUACCAAAAGUUCUUGCUUAUUCAUCUGAUCGAAAUAAUGAAUAUGGUGUCGAAUGGAUAUUAAUGACACGUCUACCUGGUAAAAAUAUGGGCACAAUAUGUGAAACUCAACAAUUAAGUAUUAAUGCAAAAAAGUCAAUUAUACGAGAUUUAGCUGAUUAUGUUGAACAAAUGCAUUUUCGAAUACCCCGUUUCGAUAAAAUAGGUGCAUUCAAAAUGAAUGGAGAAAUUGGUACUGAUCUCAAUCAACUUGGACCUUGGCCUAGUUAUGAACAAUUUAUUCGUGAUCGUGUUCAUGCAGAUGCAAUUGUUCUUAAUAAAGAUCCAGUUUUUGCACCUAUUAAAGAUUCAAUGUUUGAUGCUAUUCAUGAGUUUGAUAAACUCAAAUUUCCAUCAUGGACAAAUUUACCAUUUCUAUUUUCACAUGGAGAUCUUGAUACUCAAAAUAUUUUAAUAUCAAUGGAUGAUCCUGAAUCACCACAUAUUACUGGAAUAGUCGAUUGGGAAUGGGCUGGUUCAUUUUCAUGUUCAGAAGAAUAUUUUACUUCAUAUCAAUAUUUUCUGAAUGAUGAUGAUGAUAAUGUUCGAAAUUACUUUUUUGAAGAGUUAGAAAAACGAAAUAUUUUAACACCACGAACAAUUGAACAAUUUUCUUUACUAGAAAAAUUUAAUCGAUUUGCAACAAAUUUAGCAUUAUGGGAACUUACAGAUUUAGUUGAUCCAGAACAUUCAAGUGUCAACGAAAAAUUAGAAAAAAGUCGUUAUAUUGUGCAAUCAGUGAUAUGUGAAUUAAAAAACGAGUUGAAAUAA